AUGGCCAGCGCGGCGGCGGAGCGCAAGGUGAUCAGGGUUCUCCUUGUCGAGGACGAGGAGAUCCACAAGGUUCUGGCGAGGGCGCUGCUGAGGUCGGCCGUCGGCGGCGUGGAGCUGGACGAGGCGGGGACCGGCGCCGAGGCAGUGCGGCGCGUGCGGGAUGGUGGCGCCAGCGCCGGCGCCUACGACCUCAUCAUCACCGACGGGAAGAUGCCCGUCAUGGACGGACACGAGGCGACUCGGCGGAUUAGGGCCAUGGGCGUGACGACGCCGAUCGUCGGGCUGUCCAGCGACACCUUCCCGUCAGACGUCGACGCGUUCAUCAAGGCCGGGGCCGACGACUUCACGCCCAAGCCGCUGUCCAAGGAGAAGCUCGUCCGUAUUCUUGCCAAAUUCAAUCUCGUUUAG